CGUUCGGCCAUUUUGUUUGAGGUAUCGUCAUCAACUAUUCCAUCACAUUACAUUCUUAGUUAGGCUUUAUAUGAGUGUCAACUAGUUUCAAUCGCUAAACCCUUUUUCAAAACAAAAAAAAAGUUUCGAUCUGUGUUUGUUUUUGACAAGAACCUUUCUAAAUCUAAGAGCAAAGAAGAGACAUGCAUUUAGUGCAUAAUGUUAUAACAUGAUAUUUUUAUUCGCAAGGUAUGGUGGAUGAUGAAUCUGAAAACAGGAUUGAUUUCUUUGAGGGACUUUUGAAAACCUUUAAAGAACAACGAAAAGUCGACAUAUGGCUCCAACCAGGGGACCAAACUGAUGCUAUCCCCGCGCACAAACUUAUCUUGGUUGCAAGAUCAAAGGUGUUUAGGAACAUAUUGGAUUUAGAUGAUCCAUGGAACAAGACAAUCACUGUUCCAGAGAUGACACAUGAUGAGCUAGAGACGUUUCUUGAGUUCAUGUACAACGGUUCACUUCCUGAUACGAAGCUGGUGCAUCAUGUCCAUACACUCUACGUAGCUGCAGACAAAUAUGAGAUUCCAUACCUCCAAGAAGUCUGCAGAAACCAGCUCAUCGCUUCCAUGAAAUCAUCAGACGUAUUUUAUGUCUUUGAGCUUGCAGAAACUCACUCGGACAAGAUCCUCAAAGAUGCUGUCACUGAGUUUAUCUCAACAAACAUGGAAGAUAUUUCGUUCUCGAGUGAGUUCAUAUCUUUUGUUGAGAAUAAUCCAGCUCUUACUGUCAAGACAAUCCUAAACUAAUAUUUGGAAAGUACAUCCUAAGAGUCAUAACUUAUAUUUUGUAAGAAAUUACAAUA